AUCAAAUGUAUGACUUUCCUCAAAACCAAAUUCCCACGCGCCCCACUCCACGCUCCACAACCCAGUAGCAUUCCUAAACCAGCACCAUAUCCAUAAGCAGUGCUCUUUCGCUUCUGAUUAUUGCGUGGAAAAGCCCGUGUGUGUACUGGCGUGGGAUAGCGAUCCUCGGCAUCCACUGAAACGACGACGUUGCAGAUUCAGAGUCCUAUACAACGCGAAUCUCCUCGUUGAUUGACUAAGGGUACAACCCCAGUUUCCGCCUAUAGAACGGCGGAUAAUCAAGGCAGACGUACACCCGAGCGUCACGCAGCACUCGAUUUCCUUCUUCCCAAAGAGGAAAGUGAAGAGCUUCACCAAAAAUAAACACUGGAAAAAUCUCAAAAUCUGGGAAGAAGAAGAGAGAGGAGCAGAUGCAACCGACACGUGGCGGUGAAGUCAAUAGACUCGCCCGUUUCCGCUCAGCUCCGGCAACGUGGUUGGACACACUUCUCGAAGAAGAAGAAGGAGAAGAAGAGGACGACGAUUCGUUGAAGCCGACCCAGUCACUGACUCAGCUGCUCGCUGGCUCCGGCGGUCCCGCCGGUGGGUCCGGAGGUUACAUUCCUGCCUCGGAUCCGAGCAUGUUCGACGGCGCCGGUGCGCAAGGGUUUCUCCGGCAGAGCAGCUUGCCGACGGAGUUCCUCUCCCAGAUCAAUUCGUCGGAGGGCUAUUUUUCGAGCUUUGGGAUUCCAGCAGGGUUCGACUACGCGGCGUCGCCGGCAGUGGAUGGCUCUCCGACAGGGAAGCGGGCGAGGGAGUUGGAAUCGCGAAGUUCGUCUAGGAAAUUUUCAUCUCAGUCGAAAGGGGAGCAGAGUUCUCGAUUAACCGGUAGCGUGGCAAGCUUACUGGAUGUGGACAUGGAAAAGCUUUUAGAGGAUUCAGUACCCUGCAGGGUUCGGGCCAAGCGGGGUUGUGCUACACAUCCUCGCAGCAUUGCAGAAAGAGUUCGGAGGACCCGAAUCAGUGACAGAAUAAGGAAACUUCAGGAACUUGUGCCCAAUAUGGAUAAGCAAACAAACACUGCAGAUAUGCUAGAAGAGGCAGUAGAGUAUGUCAAGUUUCUACAACAAAAAAUUCAGGAACUGUCCGAGCAUCAAAAAAAAUGCACAUGCUUAGCUAGAGAAUAACAUGAAGAUGCCCAAGAGUACGUCCCGGAAAUUUAGUAUAUUCAUUGUAACAAAAGGUCUCAAUCAGAGGUUAAUCAAGGUAUUCGGCUGUCCUCUCGAAGAUGCAUGCACGUUGCAAGGUACUCGUAUAUUCAACUAUUUUUAUGUUGAAUUCUUCUACAAUGUGUAAAUGUUGGCUGAUCAGAACAGCACCAUAACUGUAGAAUCAUCAAGAAACUUAUCCAAUUCAUCUAGGCAAAAACUUCACUCUGAAGUUCUCUCUGGGUGUGGUUAUAGUUGUAAAGUGUUGUACACUAAUAUUUUCUUUAGCUUGCUACUGAACAAGCUCCUUCACUCCAAAUAUUUGGGAACUUGUAGUUCAUAAAACCCAGCUGUUUAUAUAUCAAAAUACUACUGGAUCAAUAACAAUCUUUGUUGUAUCAUGAA